AUGUCCGCAGACAUCGUCCUCACCUCCACAGAUCUAACACCUUACUUCCCCCUCCUCGCCAGCGGCAAAGUGCGCGACGUCUACACCCUCUCCCCCACAAUCCUGCUCUUCGUCGCCACCGACCGCAUCUCCGCCUACGACGUCGUCCUCGCCAAUGGGAUCCCCGGCAAAGGCCGCCUGCUGACCCAAAUGUCCGCGCACUGGUUCUCAGUCCUUCCCCCUCUCGUCCCCUCGCUGCGGACGCACUUCCUCUCGAUGUCAUUGCCCGCCGUGCUGGAGGAGAACAAGGAGCUAGUGGAGGCGUAUAGGGGCCGCAGUAUGCAGGUCAGGAAGCUGAAGGUGUUUCCCAUCGAGAGUAUCGUGAGGGGGUAUAUUACCGGGUCGGCGUGGGCGGAGUAUGAGAAAAAAGGGACGGUGCAUGGGAUGAGGAUGAGGGAGGGGUUGAGGGAGAGCGAGAUGUUGGAGACGCCGAUAUGGACGCCGAGUACCAAGGCCCAGGAGGGACACGAUGAGAACAUCAGCCCGGAGAAAGCCGCCGAGAUCAUCGGCCAGGACUACGCAGACCAGAUCCGCGACCUCUCCCUCCGCAUCUACAGCGCUGCGCGCGACUACGCGCUAGAGCGGGGCAUCAUAAUCGCAGACACCAAGUUCGAGUUCGCGCUCGACGAGUCCACAUCGCCUCACUCGGUCGUCUUGGUCGACGAAGUACUCACGCCAGACAGCAGCCGGUUUUGGGACAAGGAGAAGUACGAGGUGGGGCGGCCGCAAGACAGUCUGGAUAAGCAGUAUCUGCGGGACUGGCUUACGGAGAACAAGCUCAAGGGAAAGGAGAGCGUGGAGAUGCCGCGGGAGGUGGCGGAGAGGACCGCGAGGGGAUAUCGGGAGGCGUAUGAGAGGUUGACGGGGGAGGUGCAGGGGCGGUAG